CUUAUACCCUCUCCCUCUCUCUCUCUGAGACCAGCUCAAACCCAGUCAAAGGCCCUCGAUCUUGUCCUAGCAUGUGAAUCCCUUCAGGCUUCUCCAGAUCAUUCGAAGGAUCCCAAGUGAUACAGCUGUUUCUUUUGUAGUCUAUCCCUGGAUCCUUGUCGGUAUAGUUCUGCAUCCUUAAAUCUGCAUGAUUUACCUUAGUUUCGAUCAACGUUUUGAGUUUUCCUGUUUCCAAGUUACGAUUUAGCUUCGAUUACUUCGAUCUCGUGCUUGAAUCUGGUUUCUCGCUUCGCUAGCAGCUGAAAAGGGGUUGGAACUUAGGGUUUCCAGAUUAGGAAUUGUGUUUUUUGGUAUCGAUGUUGUGAUCUGGUACCUUGUGUGAUACCGGGGAUUUCUAUGAGACGCCGGUCGGGGGGAGUUGUUCCCACAGAGCCAAUGGAGAAGGGAAAUGGGAAGAAUCAUAACAACAGGAUUUGUCUUUUGGCGGCUUUAUCGGUUUUCUUCUGGGCAGUGUUGUUGUACUUCCAUUUUGUUGUCUUAGGAAGCAGUAGUAUUGACGAACAAAACCAGUUACAACCCAGCUAUGCCCAAAACGAACCAUCGAUCUCUCUUCGAGUAGAUAAGUUCCUUCCUCCUCCUGAACCUAAAACCAAAACCAUCCACCCUCCCACAGAAUCUUUAAAUGGUACGGUUGGAUCUAAUCUUCCUCCUGUCCUAGUAUCCGACACUGAUUCUGGUUCAACCGUUAAGCUGCCUAAGAUUGGAGAGAUCGAUGUCCCUAAGGAACAGGGCUUUCCAUUUAUGAAGGCGUUGAGGACAGCAGACAAUAAGAGCGACCCUUGUGGGGGGAAGUACAUCUAUGUUCACGAUCUGCCCUCGAGGUUCAAUGAGGAUAUGCUUAGAGACUGUAAAAAGCUUAGCCUCUGGACUAACAUGUGCAAGUUCAUGACGAAUGCGGGGUUAGGUCCUCCACUCGAGAAUGUUGAGGGGGUGUUCUCGAAUACUGGGUGGUAUGCAACGAAUCAGUUUGCCGUUGAUGUGAUAUUCAGCAACAGAAUGAAGCAGUACGAAUGCUUGACGAAUGAUUCUUCCAUUGCUGCUGCCAUCUUUGUGCCGUUUUAUGCAGGGUUCGACAUUGCUAGGUACCUCUGGGGGUACAAUAUCUCGACGAGGGAUGCUGCAUCGCUCGAGUUGGUGGAUUGGCUCAUGAAACGGCCUGAAUGGGAGAUAAUGAAAGGGAAGGAUCAUUUUCUCGUGGCAGGUCGUAUAACAUGGGAUUUUAGGAGAUUGUCCGAUGAAGAAUCCGACUGGGGCAACAAGCUUCUCUUCUUACCGGCUGCCAAGAACAUGUCUAUGCUCGUUGUUGAAUCGAGCCCAUGGAAUGCAAAUGAUUUCGGCAUCCCAUACCCGACCUACUUUCACCCGGCCAAGGACUCUGAUGUGUUUGAUUGGCAAGAACGGAUGAGAAACCUGGAGAGAAAAUGGCUGUUCUCAUUCGCUGGAGCCCCACGUCCUGACAACCCAAAGUCCAUCCGGGGGCAGAUCAUCGAUCAGUGCCGGAACUCAAAAGUCUGUAAACUUUUGGAGUGUGAUUUUGGAGAGAGUAAGUGUCAUUCUCCGAGUAGCAUUAUGCAGAUGUUUCAGAGUUCACUAUUCUGUCUGCAACCCCAGGGUGACUCAUACACCCGGAGAUCGGCUUUUGACUCGAUGCUGGCCGGCUGCAUACCCGUCUUCUUCCAUCCCGGCUCGGCCUACACCCAGUACACGUGGCAUCUCCCGAAGAACUACACGACCUACUCGGUUUUCAUCCCAGAGGACGAUAUCCGAAAGAGAAACAUGACCAUCGAGGAACGUCUCCUCCAGAUUCCCCCGGAGCAGGUCAAGAUAAUGAGAGAGACAGUGAUCAGCCUCAUCCCAAGGCUGAUAUACGCGGACCCGAGAUCGAAACUGGAGACGCUGAAGGAUGCAUUCAAUGUGGCGGUGCAGGCUGUGAUCGACAAGGUGACACGGCUGAGGAAGAACAUGAUCGAGGGCCGGACUGAGUACGAUAACUUCAUCGAGGAGAACAGCUGGAAAUACGAGUUGCUGGAGGAAGGACAGCGAGAAGUCGGGGGCCACGAGUGGGACCCAUUCUUCUCGAAGGCCAAGGAUGAAAAAGACAGCGGUGGUGGCCGGACAGCUUCCUCCGCCGAGGCCGCCAAGAAUUCGUGGAAGAGCGAACAGAGAGACAAGUCAUGAUACAUUUCACAACAGCUUGAGAGAUAGUUUUUGAGUUAUUUAUACAACAGCAACAACAAAAAAUGAAUUUUUGUUUCUUGUAAUGCGUCGUCUGUAGUUUCUGGAGUUUCAUGUAACGAGUUUGUUUACAGAUUCACAUCGACAUACAGAAAUGGUGGUUGAGUCCA